AUGAUGAUCAGUGGUGCCCCCGAGUCCCCGGGCACGGUGCCAUCCACAGGAGGGUUCAUCAAGUCCCACCGUGCCUCCCUUUUCUCACCGUGCCUCCCUUUUCUCACCUUGCCUCCCUUUUCUCACCGUGCCUCCCUUUUCUCACCUUGCCUCCCUUUUCUCACCUUGCCUCCCUUUUCUCACCGUGCCUCCCUUUUCUCACCGUGCCUCCCUUUUCUCACCGUGCCUCCCUUUUCUCACCGUGCCUCCCUUUUCUCACUGUGCCUCCCUUUUCUCACCGUGCCUCCCUUUUCUCACCGUGCCUCCCUUUUCUCACCGUGCCUCCCUUUUCUCACCGUGCCUCCCUUUUCUCACCGUGCCUCCCUUUUCUCACCGUGCCUCCCUUUUCUCACCGUGCCUCUCUUUUCUCACCGUGCCUCCCUUUUCUCACCGUGCCUCCCUUUUCUCACCGUGCCUCUCUUUUCUCACCGUGCCUCCCUUUUCUCACCGUGCCUCCCUUUUCUCACCGUGCCUCCCUUUUCUCACCGUGCCUCCCUUUUCUCACCGUGCCUCCCUUUUCUCACCGUGCCUCCCGUUUCUCACCGUGCCUCCCUUUUCUCACCGUGCCUCCCUUUUCUCACCGUGCCUCCCUUUUCUCACCGUGCCUCCCUUUUCUCACCGUGCCUCCCUUUUCUCACCGUGCCUCCCUUGUCUCACCUUGCCAGUGUUGGCCAUGAUGUAUCGGUGUCCCCGGGUCCCCGGGCAGAAGUUAGCAUCCACGGGAGGGUCGCCCUCAGAGCACAGGAAGUGCGGCCAGUGCCACAGCAUGCGCUCCUGGGGCAUCAGGCCCUUGACUUGGCAGCCAUACGACAGCCAGGGCACGUGGCGGUGCUGGGAGAGAAGCUCCGAGAGGGAGAAAAGUAG